AAAUAAAUUUAUCGAACCCGCUUUCCUUCGUACAUUAAUUAACCACUGCGCUGAUAGCAGUUCUUCGCUUCGUGCCAGCUCCCGAUAAAAGUGUAAACAUUUCGUUUAAUACCCGAUAAAUAGUUUAUUUAUAAUUGUUCAUUGCAAAGCGAUCGCGUCCGAUCCAGCGCCAUGUUCAGCGAGUGAACCACGCAUCCAAGAGAAUCCGGGCAACCAAACGACUUCCAAAAUGUCCCAACAACGGAAAGUUGAGAAAACUGGCCUACUAUGGGCACUGCUGGCGCUCGUCCAGCUGACUCGCGCCCAACAAAGCCCAUUCACGAACUGCAAAUAUGCAGAGCGAGGCUCAUUGACGGCGAUCUGCACGAACGCCACUGUCAGCACAUUCCAUGCCACCAUCUACAAUUUUGACCACCUGGACGAGACCCUAAUCUGCUCAGGUUGCACCUUGACCCACUUGAUAACAGGCACUUUCGAUAUCGGCGGGAACCGGAUCCAAGUUCUGGAUCUAGCCAACAGCGCAAUCGAAACAAUCGAAGCGCACGCCUUCACUGGACUGAUUUUCAUGGAAAAGCUCUAUCUGUCCAACAACUCCAUUCACCAUUUGGAGCGUGGGGCUUUCCACGGGGCCAGAAAGGUCAAGAAACUGUACAUGAACCAGGCCCUAACGGCUCCUCUGCCGCCUUUUGUCUUCCAUGGUCUGUUGCUGUUGACCGACUUGCUGUUGCAGAACAACUCGUUGCCGCUGCUGGAGACCCAGACGUUCGAAGGGCUGCCCAACCUACGCAAUCUGGAUCUGCGGUUCAACAGCUUACGGGAGCUGAACAAUUCGCUCAACAGUUUACGGAACCUCGAGGUGCUUCUGCUGAGCAACAAUCAGUUGGCCAAGAUCAGCCCGACCGACUUGCAUGGAUUGAGCAAGUUGCUUAAGGUGGAUUUGUCCCACAACUUCAUCAGCACCCUGAACCUGAACCUGGGACAGCCCAACAGCUUGAAGAAACUCAACCUGUCCAACAGCCACGUAGGCAGCGAUCUCAUCAAGCUUGGCGUGUUUCACGGGCUGUACAGCUUGGAAAUACUGGAUCUGAGCUUGAACUGGAUCGUAACUCUUCCCAAGCAGGUUUUCCAGGAGCUCCAUUCGCUCAGAGAGGCGAUUCUCAGUCACAACGCCCUCACAGAAUUCGCCACUGGCUCGUUUUCCGGCCUGCCCUAUCUGAGGUUCAUCAAUGCGUCCCACAACAAGAUCAAACGUGCGUUUAUAGCAGGCAAACUCCAGCUGCACAACCUGCAAGUUCUUGAUCUGUCCACCAACAAUAUGGUUGACUUUGACUUACUCGCCUUCCUCCGACAGGCCCCGUUGAUCAGUAAAGUGGACCUGCGAGACAACAUGAUCAGUUGCCCGAAGCUGAGGAGAAUCACCACUGGCUUCAAAAAUUCGAGCGUUCAUGCUGCUACUGAUCCGAUGAACUGCUCAGAGCUGGAUGCGGGCGAAGAGGACGAACUACUGAAGGAAAUUAGUGAAGAACUAAACAAUGUUCCCACCUCCAAAACUGGAAUCAUCGCGUUGAAGAUAACCAUGUUGCUGGUGGUGAUUGUGUUGAUUGGGCUGUUGGUUUAUGUGCAAUUUUUCAUCUUGAAUCGCCGAUAGUAUUAGAGGGUUUCGUCUGGUACAUUACAGAAUUGUUUAAUAGAAAUGUACAUUGUU